AUGGAGGGGGAUGUCCAUGGAAAGAGAGCUUCAUCGUCAGUAGUUCAGUCCCGUUUGUCACCUGCAGCUCAGCCCUUUUCAUUGAACCCCUUUUCUCACCAACCGUCUUGGUCUUCGUUGAUUUCAGCAGACCCCUGUGCUUCCAUGCUCAAACCCGUGUCUGAUAUCAACUUGGAAGAUGACCCAUUUUCCACUGCACCUUAUUCAUUCUUGGAGUUUGUUGAGGAUUCUCAUAUUCCACAGUACCCAUCUGCAAAUGCUGCCUCAGACUUGGGUUUUAUGCCCUCGGCCUCUAAGGAGUCCUUAACCAAUUUCACGGAGCUUUCAUCAUUUGGGUACAGCCAAGCCAGUUUCUGCAGCAACAAGAAUGCUUCAUUGGCUUAUGAAACCUUGCUUGAACAAGGAAAGCCUGCAGUUAAGGGAUCAAAGCCCAAUCAUGAGAAUUCUGAAAGUGUCCAUGAAAAAUGCAGUGAUUUAACUGUAGGAACUGAAAAUCAGUUCAUUUCAAGAUCCACAGACCAACUAGAUGCUGGAUUUUUCUCUUUUUCAGCGGUUAAUACUAGGGCGACUCCACAUGAGUUUCCGAUGUCAGUUACUUCCUCUACAUCAAGGCUUCAAGACUAUUCUCAAACUCAGCUACCAUAUACUGCACCCAAACUAAAUCUACGGUUUUUCCAUUUACCGACAAAUAACUCAUUUCCAGCUGUGUUGCUUGAGUCAGAUACUAGCACAACUGUUUCACCCUUGAAUCUCACUUUGUCAAAGAAAGUGGAUUUUAAAGGAAAUUAUCCACCGAACAAUUAUGAUAGUUCUUCCAAAUGCAGUCCUUCUGGCAUAAAUGAUCUUCACGGCCUGAUAUCUGGUGAAGGGAAAGAGAUUCAUCAUGAUGGAAGUCCCAAUGACAAAGGAAAAGGAGGCAAAGAUGGCAAAUCUCUCUCUAGUGAGGGUAUAGGUGCAUUACUGAAGGCAACAUCUGAGCCACUAAUUACUUUAACCAAUAUUCCUGAUGAUUUCAGUUUGAAACAUCUUGGUCCCAAAGGAGCUGUUUCAAUUUCAAAAAAUUUGGAUGAGAAUGACUCUGAUUUGGACUCACCUUGUUGGAAAGGAACCCUGGCUUCUAGGCAAUAUGGAGUUUCAAGGGGUUUGAGUUCAGACUUUGUUGGAAAUGAACAAGAAGUGCGUAAUAGUUUGAAUCCACUGGCACCUCAAUUUUUUCCUCGUCAUGCUAAAGCAAUUGUAGAUUACCAUGCAAAUGACUACGUUGGAGAUGAUUUCUCAUCUUUCCGAAAGAGUGAAUCUUCAGCUGUUAAUUCAUCCUCCAAAGGACAUGGACCCGUUGAUCAAGCAGGAUCAAAGUCUUCUUCAUCGAUUAAAGGAAUAGGAACUCAGACUUCUAAUGACAUUCAUGAUCUGGGAAGAGUUUAUCCCCUGCUUAAUAACUCAGAAAGUGGCUCUGUGCUCAAUUUGCCCGAGGGUUUGUCCAAGUUGUUGUCUACACAUUCAAAAUUAGAUGUUCCCACAAUACUUAAUAUGAUGCACGAUCUCUCAGAAUUGCUUGUACAGAAGUGCGCGAAUGAUUUAGAUUCACUAAAUGAACAUAAGCAUGACUUGAUGCAGAAUAUAAUCAAUAAUCUUUGUAUGUACAUCCAACAUGGUGAUGGAGGAAAGGUUCCAAUCUCUGAUAUAACUCUAACAGGCACUCCGUACUGUCCUGUUAAAUCAACAGAGCUGCACAAGGUAGGGUGCUCGAACAUGGGGUUUCAAGUAACAAGGAAAAAGGCCUUGGCUGUUCCACAAGAGAUUAAUUAUCAGAAUGACCAUGAGGGGCGCAAGGUUAAUUCUCAUGUUUUCACUGAGAGAAUGUUGGAUUCCUUUGCUUCAUGUAGUGGCGUAGGCACUGAGAAGAGCAAUGACAUCGUUCAGGUUAUGGGCAACGCAUUGAGAGACAAUCAUUUGACCACGGAAGAGUUAGACCCACAAGCUUCGGUGUAUAAAAAAUUAUGGCUUCAGGCUGAAGCGGCAUUAUGUUCCAUGAAGCAAGCUAUUAACAAGAGACAUACACUAGCUGUAGACGUGUUCUCCGGAUACUACCAGAAGGAGCUGUUGGUGUUGAAAGCUAGAGACUCUUCACCUGGUUGUAUGUACAAAUCAUAG